AUGAAGGUCUUUCCGCUCCUCCUGACGGUCAUCACAUUCCUUCUUUGCACGGGUGCGGUCCCUUGCACCCCCGAGAAAAAGCCUGGAAAGUGCCCCAAUCUCGUUCGAAAUGCAUCCUUUGGUGGCAAAGGCAACAAGCCAUGGCGCUACCUCGAUAAGGGCGCGAGCCCCUUGAAGAGCCACAUAUUGAAAGAAUGGGGCAAGACCGGUUACACUUCUCUCGUCUUUGACAUCACCAGAACCAACCAACGCCCUCAGGCUUACCAGAGCGUCCUAGGCGUUCACCCGGAUAAGAACUAUAACGUCAAGUACUCGUACAAGGUGAUGAAUGGCGCACCUAAGCCAGGCGAUGAGUGCAAACUCAAAGUGCAGGUCGGCCAGGACUUUAGGGAGGACGCUAUUGAGGGGGCAUUCAUCAAAGGGAACUGGACGGAGGUGGGUUUCAAGUUCAAGGCAACGAGCAUCGAGCCCACCAUACAAUUGUCAGCUCGCUGCGAGAAAAGCACCGAGAAUGGUGUGCAAAUAGCUGUUGACGACAUCAUCUUACGCGAGGUGACAACGGACUGUCCACCUUGA